UGGCAUAGAGAGCUCUACUAAUUAAUAAAUUAUAUUAUUAGAUUACAAAAACGGCCCUCAUUCCAGAUCAACCUGAUAUCGUUGUUGAAGAUCUUUCGGUUAUAAUGGACCCUCUUGACUUCAAUAAAAAUGUUUUUGCAUUAUCGCGGUUACACAACGCAGUAUUACUAGGAUUGGUGAUCAACCAAAAUCACAGAUAUUUUGAACGGGAACAAAUGGCUUAUGACGAGAAGAUCCAUUAUGAUACCAACCGAAAUAAAAUAUACAUUACUUAUCAGACCAUCGAUGCAAGUGUGGGAUCACAAAAAAGCAGGUCAUUAACAUAUGGAGCAUUAGGUACAGCAUUAGCCCAUGAAUUAUUUCACUCUUUAGAUUCCACUGGAAUAGAUUUUGACGAAGAAGGUGUUAGAAGAGAAUGGAUAACUCCGGCAACUAAGCAGCUUAUUAAAGAAAAAAUGAAAUGCUUUAUUCACAAUCAAUCUUAUACAUUCAAUGGGAAAAUUGUGACAAAAGGAGAAAAUCAACUUGAAGAAAUUAUAGCGGAUAGUUCACUGAAAUUAGCAUACAAGGUUACUACUAAAAUUCCAUUAAACCCCUUACCGACGUAUAUACUUUCAAAGGCGGCGGUAUAA